AUGGGACUAACGAUAGUCCUAUCAGAGUUGACAGGUUCCACUUUUCCUGGUGAUCGUGUUUAUUUGGUUUUUGAUCCUUCAAAAUCACUUCACUACAAAUUUGUUUUGCUUCAGAGUAAACUAUAUGGAGGUGGCUACUUGUGUCAAAUGCAUAUUUAUUCCUCAGAAACCAAAGCCUGGUCUUCACCACCCAAUAUUUGUGAUCAGCAUCCUUUUCAGUUAUCAAUUUGCUUCAGCCAACUAGAAACUUCCAUAUACUUUGAUGUUGAUCAACAAAGAUGGUGCCCAAUGCCAACUCCACCAUAUCAGGUUGCUGUGUUUAAAUUCUGGCAUUUUGGGAAGUCCAGAGGUCAUUUGCAUUAUAUUAAUUAUCAUGAUGAUACCGGAUUUAAUCUCAACUUCUAUGAGAUGGAGAGUGAUUACUCCAAGUGGACAUUGAAGUAUCGGGUUGACCUUAACCCAAUGGUUGUUGAUCUUGCAGCAAAGGAGGAGAUGGUUGUCCGCUAUGAUAUGGUCUCUGUGCUUAGUUUAUUUCAUGGAGAAGAUCAAGGGGAUGUGUUUUUGGUGCUAUUUGUUGGCACCAAUAUGAUCAUCUCCUACAACAUUAAGGAUAACACCUUUAAAAAGCUCGAUGGCCAUUCGGUUUCUUCUUCUCAUGACCUUUCGUGGUUCAAACGAUGUAGGGUUCAUCGAUACAUUGAGACACUCUUUCCUGUUUGA